AUGACCAUAGGCCUCAAACCGCUGCCCUGCUACUGCGACACACCGCCCCCCACCGGGACUCUCUGCACCAAGACCCCAGACCAGAGGAUUCUUACCUAUAAAGUCUUGACGAAGACGAUGAGGCUGUUGUGUGUCCUCCUGUUGGCGGUCGGCAUAUUUGCUGACGACGACGACAAAAAAGACAGCGUUGGGACUGUCAUCGGCAUUGACCUGGGAACUACAUACUCCUGCGUUGGCGUUUUCAAGAAUGGCCGUGUGGAGAUCAUUGCCAACGACCAGGGAAACCGCAUCACUCCGUCGUACGUCGCCUUCACCAGUGAAGGCGAGCGCCUCAUCGGAGACGCUGCCAAGAACCAGCUCACCUCAAACCCUGAGAACACAGUCUUUGACGCCAAGAGGCUCAUCGGGCGCAUCUGGGGCGAGCCCUCGGUGCAGCAGGACAUCAAGUACUUUCCAUUCACGGUUACGGACAAGAAGAGCAAACCUCAUAUUCAGAUCGAUAUUGGAGGUGGCACCAUGAAGACCUUUGCCCCGGAGGAGAUCUCUGCCAUGGUCCUGGUGAAGAUGAAGGAGACUGCUGAGGCCUACUUGGGAAAGAAGGUCACUCAUGCGGUCGUCACUGUUCCUGCGUACUUCAAUGAUGCUCAGCGUCAGGCCACGAAGGACGCUGGGACCAUCGCCGGACUGAAUGUGAUGAGGAUCAUCAACGAGCCAACUGCAGCCGCCAUCGCUUACGGCUUGGACAAGAGGGAUGGCGAGAAGAACAUCCUUGUGUUUGAUUUGGGCGGCGGCACCUUUGACGUGUCACUUCUGACCAUCGAUAACGGCGUGUUUGAGGUGGUGGCGACCAACGGCGACACUCAUCUGGGAGGCGAGGACUUCGAUCAGCGCGUCAUGGAGCACUUCAUCAAACUCUACAAGAAGAAAACUGGGAAAGAUGUUCGCAAAGAUAAUCGUGCGGUUCAGAAGCUGCGGCGGGAAGUGGAGAAGGCGAAAAGGGCGCUGUCCGCUCAGCACCAGGCUCGCAUCGAGAUAGAGUCCUUCUUUGAGGGAGAGGACUUCUCUGAGACGCUCACUAGAGCCAAGUUUGAAGAACUCAACAUGGACCUGUUCCGUUCCACCAUGAAGCCAGUGCAGAAGGUGCUGGAAGAUUCUGACCUGAAGAAGUCUGAAAUUCACGAGAUCGUGCUGGUUGGAGGCUCCACUCGUAUCCCCAAGAUUCAGCAGCUCGUAAAGGAAUUCUUCAACGGCAAAGAGCCCUCCAGAGGCAUCAACCCUGACGAGGCCGUGGCCUAUGGGGCGGCUGUGCAGGCUGGAGUGCUGUCCGGAGAGGAAGACACCGGUGAUGUGGUUCUUCUGGAUGUGUGCCCUCUGACCCUUGGUAUAGAGACCGUUGGAGGAGUCAUGACCAAACUUAUUCCCAGGAAUACUGUGGUGCCCACCAAGAAAUCUCAGAUCUUCUCCACCGCAUCUGACAACCAGCCGACUGUGACCAUUAAAGUUUAUGAAGGUGAACGUCCAUUGACCAAAGACAACCAUCUCCUGGGUACCUUUGACCUGACUGGCAUCCCCCCUGCCCCUCGUGGUGUCCCCCAAAUCGAAGUCACCUUUGAAAUCGACGUCAAUGGUAUUUUGCGUGUGACCGCUGAGGACAAAGGCACCGGGAACAAGAACAAGAUCACCAUCACCAACGACCAGAACCGCCUGACGCCCGAGGACAUCGAGCGCAUGGUGAACGACGCUGAACGCUUCGCCGACGAAGACAAGAAACUGAAGGAGAGAAUUGACGCAAGAAAUGAGCUGGAAAGCUACGCAUAUUCUCUCAAGAACCAGAUCGGAGAUAAGGAAAAACUGGGUGGAAAACUGUCGGACGAGGACAAAGAAACGAUUGAGAAAGCUGUAGAAGAGAAAAUCGAAUGGAUGGAAUCUCAUCAAGAGGCGGAGCUGGAGGACUUCCAGGCCAAGAAGAAGGAGUUGGAGGAGAUCGUUCAGCCAAUCAUUGGCAAACUAUACGGCAGUGCAGGCGGUCCACCACCAGAGGGCGGCGAGCAAGAGGAAAAGGAUGAAUUGUAG